CGCAAUACACAACGCAUCGAACUGAGUAUUUUUCAUCACAGCCAUUUAUAUUAAAUCAUUUGACACAGAAAAUGUACUUCCAGUGCGGCAGGUGGCAGUAAUGCGCUCUUGGCGGCCUUGUGCAAAAACAUGGCGGCGUCCUUGGUCAGACACAGACAGUUGUUGUCGAUCGUGAGCAGCCAGUUGAAUACUGUGGCAUGUUUGAGGAACAUUCACUGUACUGCAGCUUGUUUGAAGAGCCGUGCAGCCCGUGUUCGAGUGGGUAAAGGAGACAAGCCAGUGACUUACGAGCAAGCGUAUCCCCCUCAUCACAUCGGCCACAGGAAGGGCUGGCUCUCACAACACACCAGUAAUCUUCACGGUGAAGAUGGAGCGGCGGAGCGCGUAGUGGAGGACGUCUUCAUCAGACGCUUCAUGUACGGCACAUUUCAUGGCUGUUUAGCGGACGAGGUGGUGAUCAAACGCAGAGGAAACCUCCUGGUCAUCUGUGCCGUGAUGUUACAGAAGCUCUUACCGUUAAAAUUCUACUUUCUCAUUGGUUACACAGAGGAACUGCUCUCCCAUUUCUACAAAUGUCCAGUUAAAAUCGAGAUGCAGACAGUAGAGGACAAAGUUGUCUACAAAUAUCUCUAAGGCAAAUAUAUUACACAACUGUAUUAUGUGUUGUUGGUUUAAAAAAUUGUUAUUAAAAGAAAUGCUGAAGGAA